GUGAUUACGAAGUGUCUAUUCAUUACUCCUGUAACAUCAUGGCAUCCAUUUGAUCGUGUCUUGCAUCACCCCGGCCCCAGCUUCUUAGUCAGUCGCCUUAGCUCGGUAUAGUUCACGAUUUCGCCAUCUUGAACCUCAAUUCGUAUUUCCCUCCUCGAUAUUAUCCAGGUCGUAAACCUUUCUACAAUAAUACAAAAUGGCGUCCCGUCGCGCUCUCUUCUCCUCAGCUUCGCGCGCAUCCGCUGCCAUCCAACCUGCUCGACCAAUCUUUAUAGCUGCAGCUCGCUCGGCAAGCCCCUCGCUACCAUCCCUAGCUUUUGCGCCCUUUGCCUCUACUAGAAGCUAUGCUUCCAAAGCCCAAGCCAAAGCAAAACCGAUAGCUGACCUUGCCCCACGGGACCCCAAGCCGUGGAACUUUGAAGAUAUAAAGAACCAUGUUGAGAAAUCUGACCAGGGCGAUGUAGUCCUCAUCGACGUCCGAGAACCAGUCGAGCUUUUCGAGACGGGCAAGAUCCCCGGUGCGAUCAAUAUUCCUAUCACAUCGGCAGCUCAGAGCUUCCAUAUCUCCGACGAGGAUUUUGAGGACAUGUAUGGCUUCCAGAGACCGGCAAAGAACAAAGAGCUUGUGUUUUAUUGCAAAGCAGGAGUGCGUGCAAGGGCGGCUGCGCAACUGGCUCAUCAUGCUGGCUGGAACAAGAUCGGCGACUAUGCAGGCAGCUGGCUGGACUGGGAAGCUCAGAAAGGACCAGUUGAGAAGGUUAAGAAACCAUAUUGAACAGGCAGAGCUUGAUGAAGACAUCCAUUGGCAGAAUGGUUGGUCAAAUAAAAGCGCCUUCUAACUUAUUGUACAAACAAUUCCCAAAGAUCUGUUUCCCCAGAGACUCCUUUUGGCUAUACCUUAACUGCAAUUGAGGCCUAGGAAUACACAUUCUCUUACACGUGUCAUUCAAUUCCUUACAUCCCAUCUCAUGGUUCUAAUCGAUUUGCUACCACUUCUUAAAACAUACGGCUACCCUUACCCUCGUCCGGUUUGCUCGCCACGGGGCUACCGUGAGCAAAGAAGAGGAUCUUGAUCGCAAGCGCCAGACCAGCGUGU